UUUGUUUUGAAAAUUAAGUCAAACAAGGGGGAUGGACGACGCAGUUUGACAUCACCUAGAACUCUCUUCCCUAAUCAGCAUCACAAGCUGCGCUAAUUGGAUCUUGAAUGGCACUAGGGCGAGCAGAAUGGGAAAGAAUCCCUUGAAAUUCAUCGGAAGGCCAACCAGCCAGACGCAUACGGUCGAUGCUCGAAUUGCUCGAAAUCAUCCAUCGUCGCUUUUGAUUUUCAUGCGUGACGACGCACACAAGUUUGCACUCCGUCGCCUUUUUUGACCAUUGCGCCAACAUGCUCGUCAGACCGAAACCCUCAACUCUCUCUUGGGAGAAGCAGGACGAUACAGGAAAGUACCUGAUCAAGCAACACGCACAAGAUGUUGUAGAUUUUUCCUCGCAGUAUGGAAGUGUCGACAGCAUUUCUUACACGGCACACAAUUUGACAGGCCAAAGCAGAGUUUUCCCAGCGUACGGAGACCACGCUGAAGCCUACAGCAUGAGAACGUAUGGUAAAUGGUGGGACGAGGCUCCUUCAGGCAGGAAAGAGAUUCAAGGGCAGAAUUUUUGUCAAGUUCGCAGCCAAGAUUUUAUUGACUUAUCAUUUGAACACAAAGUGUUUCCAUCUGCAGUCACGCUGUUUGAAGUUUAUAAUCCAGGAGCAUUGGUCAGAGUGUGGGCUAGGGAUGCUAAUAUCGCAUGGUGUCUUUUAUAUCAAGUUGAUCAACUGGAAUCGGCGCCCCUGGUUGCAAGAAAAUUCAGUCCAAAGCUAAAAGAAUGCCAUUUCCCAACUAGUCUGUUGCGAUUGGAAUUCAAUCAUGAGCACUUGGAUUCUUAUUACGAAGUUGAGAGUUUCAUUCUCGAAGGCUUCACCAGGCAGUGGAAAAAUCCAUUGGCUACCUAUGAGCCUUAUGGGGAAAUCACUAAAAAAGUUCUGAAUCUCAACUUGACACAAAUCCUGUCAAGAAGUGACUCUUCUUCAUCUAGUUCAUUCUCAGAAACAAGCAGUCCUUUAAAUACUUCAAUAGACGAGGAUGAAGAAGAUGAGCUAAAUGCAUUUGAAACUUUGCCGUAUGAGGUUGUGCACAAAAUAUUCAGUUACUUGGAUUUAAAAUCAUUAUGCCAGUGCUGCAUAGUUAGCAAACAAUUCCAAGCUGUUGCUAAAGAUUCAACUCUGUAUGUUCACGUCAAUUUGAAGAAUUAUUGGAAUAUUGUAAAUGAUUCAACCCUGCAGUGUAUUGCAUUUCGAUGCUCGAGACUGCAGUCAUUAGAUUUGUCCUGGUGCAACGGGAAGGGCAGUUUUGAAAUGGCGUUUAUCAAGCUAAUAUCUCAUUGUGGCGCAACUCUAAAAAUUCUCCGACUCAACUCAUGCAAAUUUAUUACCAAGUACUGCCUUGCGGAAAUUGCUGACACUUGUUGCCGACUUGAAGAACUGAGCCUUAGAAAGAUUCUGCCUCCGUACAAGAGCUUAACAGGGUGGCAGGUUUUGUCGGAGCUGACGACUUUGAAAUAUUUGGACUUGUACCACGUUCACAUCAAUACUCAGGAUCUGAUGUCGUUCCUGCCUUAUUUGACAAAGCUGCAGCACCUUAAUCUUGGAUCUUGUGCCGCCUCUCGUUUAACUCUGUUGAACAUGGACGUGAUUGCUGAGAGCCUUUCGAGAAAUAACAAAAAUCUCAAGUCGGUGGAUAUGUGGAGGUCUCACUUGAGUCUUUCUUCUAUAGGCAUCAAGUGCCUUUCAAAAUGCAGUCAACUGGAGGAGGUUGAUUUGGGGUGGGCAGAAAUUGAGGCACUUGGGGACUGCAUCCAAGAUUUGGCUAAAGGGUGUCCGCGGCUUAAGAAGUUUUUUGUACCUGCCAUGCGAGGGUUGACUGACCGAGAUUUACACGUCCUUAUUAACAACUGUCCGCUGCUGGAGCAAGUUGAUAUUUUAGGCAUAAGGAAUGUUUCACCGGAUGUUUGUGUUAGAAUGUUGACUCAUUGUCGAAAUCUUUGUCUGCUUGAUGUUAGCUACUGUGAUAAAAUUUCAAGAGCCCAUGUUUCCCUGUGGAGAGUUCAGUUUCCCCACAUCAGCAUCAAGCAAUGCUCCUACUCGAGGCCAGAUGCUAUAGAUAAUUUUGUUUGAAUAUUCUGAUCUCAUUAUAACUACAGCAGCAUUAACGCUAGGAUUACCAAGAUCUUUUAAGGUUUCUUGCGGUUUCUUGAUGCUAAUGCUACAUUCUAUAUAUUUGUGUAAUAUAUUUUAGGACAGAUUUUAUGUUAUAUUGGUGUAAAGGUAUAAAGGAUUUAAUUGCAAAUAUU